UUAGACAGAAUUGCAUCUUGUCUAAUUUCUAAUGUUGUGUGUUACAGAUAGAACUUGUCCUGCAGGAUGGAAGAUGUUCAGCUGUUCCUGUUAUCUCCUCUCCAGUGUGCGUGGUUUCUGGUCAACAGGCAGACAGGACUGCAGAGAGAGAGGAGCACAUCUGGUGAUUAUAAACAGCCUUGAAGAACAGAAGUUCUUCUCUACCUUCACCGAGGAAGGCAGUAUGAGUUGGAUUGGUUUGACUGACAUAGACACAGAGGGAACCUGGAAAUGGAUUGAUGGAACACCACUGACUUUAAGCUACUGGAGGAGAGGUCAGCCUGAUAAUGGAGGUGGAGAUCCACAGUGGGGUGAAGAGGACUGUGCACAGUUCUAUACCGGCUCUAAAACUCUAAAUAACUGGAAUGAUGUGUUGUGUGAUUAUCCUCUGAAGUGGACCUGUGAGAAAAAUGCUGAUGUCUAA